AUGGGUGUCCAUGGGCUCUGGACGGUCGUACAGCCUUGUGCACGACCGAUUAAGUUGGAAGCUCUCAAUAAAAAGCGUCUGGCAGUGGAUGCUUCGAUAUGGAUAUACCAAUUUCUGAAAGCCGUACGCGAUAAAGAAGGCAAUGCGCUCCGAAACUCUCAUAUUGUUGGCUUCUUCCGUCGGAUCUGCAAGCUCCUCUACUUCGGAAUCAAGCCAGUCUUUGUGUUUGAUGGUGGCGCACCAGUGCUCAAACGUCAAACUAUAGCAAACAGAAAGAAGAGACGAGAGUGCCGACGAGAUGAUGCAGUACGGACCGCGGGGAAGCUGCUGGCGGUACAGCUGCAAAGGACUGCCGAAGAAGAGGCAGCUAACCGUCGAAGGGGUAGGAUCGAGGAAGAGGUGGUCCCGGAUAAUCCUGUCUAUGUCAAUGAUGUGUUCAUGACCGAGAAUGAAAAGCUCCAAACUCGGUCAUUCAAAAAGAAGGAUGCUUACCAUCUACCUGAUAUGCAAGCCUCUCUGGAAGAGAUGGGGGCACCCAAUGAUCCCCGUAUCAUGUCUCACGAAGACUUGGAGGAAUACGCGAGACAGUUUCAUCAAGGAGAAGAUAUCAAUCUUUACGACUUCUCGAAGAUCGAUUUCGACAGCCCGUUCUUCGUUAGUCUUCCUGCAACGGACCGGUACAAUAUUCUUAAUGCAGCCCGACUUAGAAGUCGUCUGCGGAUGGGCUACUCAAAAGAGCAACUGGACACCAUGUUCCCGGAUAGAAUGGCCUUCUCGAAGUUCCAGAUAGAGCGAGUCAAGGAGCGAAAUGAUUUGACCCAACGCUUGAUGAACAUAAAUGGUAUGAAUGGUGAGGAUGCCAUGUACGAAUCCGGUCAGCGUAUUGCCGGAGAACGCGGAAGAGAGUAUGUUCUUGUCAAGGACGAUACUAUAGAAGGGGGCUGGGUUCUUGGUGUUGUGGGGAACAAGGAAGGCCACGAAGACAAACCUAUUGACGUUGAUCAGUACGGUCAGCAGAAGGUAUUUGUUGAGAAGGAAGAUCUAUCUGAUGACGAUGACGGAGGGUUUGAAGAUGUGCCUAUUGAGGGUCUGAAUCGGCUUCCUAAGCUUUCUUUCCUUCGGGAAGGUGUUCUUGAUGAGUCAAUGAGAAGCCAGAUGCGACAUAGGAUGGGUAGAGGAAGCUCCGGGGAAGUUGAUCAAGGAAGUAUCGGACUGCAGCACGCCAAUGAUGAUUCCCUCUUUGUCGAAGGUGAUCAACACGGUUUCUCAUGGAAGCAUAACCACCAUGAAAACGAUGAUCUGUUCAACGGCAGCGAGGAUGACGAAGAUGGGGCGCUUCAGCGAGCAAUAGCGAUGUCCCUGGAAAGCGGAACCCUCACCAAUGAUGAUGAUUUACCUGAGAUCUCACUCAACCGAAAUCAUGCCCCCCAACCCACGCAUGAGGCGAGCCCAAAUUUUGCCGACCAGAGUGAUGAUGAGGAAAUGGACUUUGCAGCCGCCUUGGCACAGUCCAAGAGAAUAGCAAAAGUGCCGUCGAAGGCGGCAGGUAAUCCUUUUGAUGGUCCAUUGCCCUUUGAGUCGCUCAGGUUUGGGAAGCCAUCCAAUAAAGAAAAGCAAGAGGGACAAGACGUCGGCACAGGUCCGUCUGAGAAGGAGCCUACGGACGUAACCAAGGAUAGCCAGAUACUACCGCCGUGGUUCUCGGGGCCAAUUCAGAGUGCCAAUGGCGCUGAAUUCAUUGCCGAUGAGGUCGACGAUCAUGCAGUGAAAAAGCGGGCUAAAGCCACCCCUACACCGGACCAUGUCUUUGUCAAUGAUGAAGAUGCACAUGAUGUUGAUGUUGCGGAGACGCCAUUAGACUCGAAAGAGGUUAUUGAUUUGGAAUCAACGCCGGAACGAGCGGCAGGCAAAGAUCAGUAUAUCCAAGCCUCAUACGAAGCCAGCCCCAUCAAAGAGGCUACGCCCGUCGUAGCAAAUGCGCCAGAAUCUGAGAAUACUGAAGCUUCGGCAAUUCCUAAGGAAGAUGUCAUCCAAGAGGAAAAAUACCAAGACUCCAUGAUGGGGGACACCACUUCUCACGUUGAUGCCCAAGCAGACAUGACACAAUUUGAAGCGUCUCCCUCCCCCGAGUUUGAGGACGUCGCAUUACAGCCAGAAAUCAUACCCGUGGAAGAACCGCCAGCAGCAGAUGAAGUGGAUUUGCCAGAGGAACUUUUCGACCAAGAGGGAUUUUCAGACCCCGAAGACGAGGAUCUAAUUCAACAGCUUGCGGCUGAAGGCGAAGAACAUGUUCGCUUCACAGCGAUUCUAAACUCGGCAUCUCAUGUUGAGACACCAUUUGACUACGAACAAGAGUUGAAACAACUACGUUCUCAGCAAAAGAAAGACCGCAGAGAUGCAGACGAAGUGUCCCAGGUCAUGAUCACUGAAUGCCAGCAACUGCUGACGCUAUUUGGUCUCCCAUAUGUCACAGCACCCAUGGAGGCCGAAGCACAGUGUGCAGAAUUGGUGUCACUGGGCCUUGUGGAUGGUAUCAUUACUGAUGAUAGUGACAUUUUUCUGUUCGGAGGCACACGGGUGUACAAAAACAUGUUCAACCAAAGCAAGUUCGUUGAAUGCUACCUGACUACGGACCUUGAGAAAGAAUAUUCUCUUUUCCGUACCAAGCUCAUCAGACUUGCCCACCUCUUGGGAAGCGAUUAUACGGAAGGGAUACCCGGAAUCGGACCGGUGACUGCCUUGGAGGUCCUCACUGAAUUCGCGACCCUGGAAGAAUUCCGUGACUGGUGGACCCAAGUGCAAACGAGUCUCAAUAUGGCUGAUGACACUCAUGCAGCCUUCUACAAGAAGUUUAAGAAGCACGCAGCGAAGAUCUUCUUGCCACCGUCUUUUCCGGACCCUCGGGUCGAUGUCGCAUAUCUGGAGCCUGAGGUGGAUUCGGACCCAUCCCCCUUCCAAUGGGGCGUGCCCGACUUGCACGGUCUACGUAACUACCUCAUGUCAACUAUCGGCUGGAGCCAGGAACGUACCGAUGAAGUCCUUGUACCUGUUAUUCGCGACAUGAAUCGCAGAGAGCAGGAGGGUACUCAGUCAAACAUCACCAGCUUUUUCAGUGGGCCGCUAGGAGCGGGUGCCUUUGCACCUCGUGUUCGCAGUGGAGGCCAGACAAGGAUGGAGAAGGCAUUUAGUCGACUCCGGCAGCAAGCUGGGCCUGUGGAACAGCCAGAUUCACCCGAUGUAGAGGGCAAUCCUGUCGCAGUCAGUGCUUUGGAAAAUGAAGCGCCGCUAAAAAACUCAUCGGGCAAGGAUACGGGCACGAAACGAGGGCGUCGUGGACCACGGAAUGCAAAGGAUGGAGUUGAUGGCGCCGGAGACAAUACUGCAAGCAACAAGAAAAGGCGGACCCGCCGAGGUGCGUAG